AUGAAAAAGGGUGAGAAGAAGUCAUCAAAACGACCAAAAGCAGAGGAGUGCAAAGAUCAAGAAAACAAAAAAACAAAAAAGGAAAUAUUAGAGGAGAAGAAAGCGAGGGACAACUCGAGAACAGAAACGCUCUUGCAUGCCCAGGACUAUAUUUUAAAGCAUGUGAGAAAUUUUGAUAAUAAUGCCUCACCUAGUAACCAAGCUACUCCUCUCUCCUUGCAACCACCUCCCAUCUCCAAUUCACCAACAGCUAUCAUUGAUAAACCUCAUUCUACCCCUCAACCUAGAACUAAACCUAGCAUGAUUCCUUCAACCUUCUACUCCUUAGCAGCUAACACUUCUCAACCUCCUUUGAAGUCCUACCCACCAGCAGUUCCAAUAUCUUCUAGCUCCCAAUCUACUCUUAACGCCGCCCAACUUCCUACUAACUCCUACCCAUCAACAGCCAAUACUACACAAACUAACAUUGCUCUUCCUUCAGCUAACCCUCCAGUGAUCAGUAUUACUCCUUCUUCCUACCCACCUGCAACUAGUGUGACCCCUUCUUCCUACCAACCAGCAACUAGUGUUACUCCACCUUCCUUCCCACCUGUAACUAGUGUUACUCCACCUUCCUUCCCACCUGUAACUAGUGUUACUCCACCUUCCUUCCCACCUGUAACUAGUGUUACUCCACCUUCCUUCCCACCUGCAUCUAGUGUUACUCCACCUUCCUUCCCACCUGCAUCUAGUGUUACUCCACCUUCCUUCCCACCUGCAACUAGUGUUAUUCCACCUUCCUUCCCACCUGUAACUAGUGUUACUCCUCCUUCCUGUUCACCUGCAGCUAGUGUUACUCCACCUUCCUUCCCACCUGUAACUAGUGUUACUCCUCCUUCCUGUUCACCUGCAACUAGUGUUACUCCAUCUUCCUUCCCACCUGUAACUAGUGUUACUCCUCCUUCCUGUUCACCUGCAACUAAUUCCACUUCAGAAACUUUCAUUGCACAACCCCUUUCUUCUCCUUCAUUCAUUGACCAGCCUGUAGAUCAGUCUCCUGCUCCUACUUCCUGUUCAUUUACAGCAUCCUACCCACCUACACCUAAUGCUGCCAAAUCAUCUCCUUCCAGUUCCUAUCCACCUGCAUUUAACACUAUUCAUCCUCAGCCCCUCUACUUGCCCUCAGGCUAUACAUCUCACCCACCAACUGUCUAUCAAUCUCCAUCCCCCUUGUCUAAUGACUUCUCUUCUCAGCAUACUAACACAUCAGAUGUUCUGGGAAGAUCGUUGAUAACUCUGAAUAAUGAUUGCUAUGAGUGCUCUGUUAGAGAUGUUCAAAUAGAAAGUCUAAAGCAAGCUCUCAACCAAAGCACCAAAGAUAAUGGAGAACUUUUGUUAAGGGUGCAGGAGUUGGAGAGGGAGAGGGGAGAGCCUGGCUCAAGUAAUUAUCAGAAAGAAUAUUUUUAUGACCUUUGA